AUGAGGAAGGAUUUUGUUAAGAUUAUAGAGAGGACGACUGCGUUGCUGAGCUGGGAGAGCAGAUCGACAUCCCGCAGCAUGUUAAACAGAAGCUGGAGAAGGAGAAGAAUAAAGGAGAUCUCAGAUCUGACUGAACAGAUAGGUGAGACUGGAAAGAGUAUCCAUGAGCUGGAGAAAGCUAAAAAGACAGUGGAGACUGAGAAGUCUGAAAUUCAGGCUGCACUGGAAGAAGCAGAGGGCACUCUGGAACAUGAAGAGUCUAAGAUUCUCCGCGUCCAGCUGGAGCUCAACCAGGUCAAGAGCGAGAUUGACAGGAAGCUGGCAGAAAAAGAUGAAGAAAUGGAGCAGAUUAAGAGAAACAGCCAAAGGGUGACUGACUCCAUGCAGAGCACUCUUGAUGCCGAGGUCAGGAGCAGGAAUGAUGCUCUGAGAGUCAAGAAGAAGAUGGAGGGAGACCUGAACGAGAUGGAGAUUCAGCUGAGCCAUGCCAACAAGACUGAGGAGGACAAGAAGAAUUUGGCAAGACUUCGGGACCUUGUGGACAAGCUACAGCUUAAAGUUAAGACCUACAAGAGACAGGCUGAGGAGGCGGAGGAGCAGGCCAACACCCACAUGUCCAGUCUCAGGAAGGUCCAGCAUGAGAUGGAGGAAGUUCAGGAGCGUGCUGACAUUGCUGAGUCUCAGGUCAACAAGCUCAGAGCCAAGAGCCAUGAUGCUGGAAAGAGUGAUUCUGCUGAAUAAGAGACCAGACCUUAAUGGAGCUUUUCAGCAGAGUUCAUAAAAUAUGAAUCAAAAGUUGAAUUAUUUUUCCACUGUAAAACCUAAAUAAAAAAUAA